AUGACUCUACUGGCACCAUCUACGACAGCGACCCUGCUGCGCACCCCUUCGACUCGGUUCACUCGAUCUGUGCUGAUCCGAUCGCAUACUCGCACGCUUACCUCGACUGCACAUCGCUCACUCGUGAAGCCGCGCUCUCACUUCGAAACCGAAUCCGAGCAGCUCAACGAAGCGCAGAGCUACCUCGCCAGCAAAGCAGCACGCAAAGCUGAGCGAGCCCGCAAUCCCACCGGUGCUUCUGCACGUCACUCUUCGCUUUACAGCCAGCUCUUUCCCGCUCUCCUACGCAUCCUUGCUUACGGCAGCAGUGCUUACUUCGGUCUGCAUCUCUUGUGGAAUGUAUUGGACCGCCAUGAACAGACUCAGCUUAUGAACGCGCAGACAAGUUCACUUCAAGCGACUGCCAAGAGUCUCGCAGACAAGGUGGAUACAGCUGUUCAGCAGAUUGACGCCUCUGGAUCAUCACCAGCAAUCCCACUACCAGAAAAACGCUCUAACAAGCCUUGGUAUUGGCCUUUCUGA